AGAGCAAGUGGGAUUCUCUUCUCUUCCCUUUGUCACGUCGGCAACGCAACCGCGCCCCAACCCAGGAGAGGAGGCAAGAAGCCAAUUCGUGGCGUGUCCCGAUCGAGGGAGACGACCAGGACCAGGCCCAUUCAGAUCGUCGGAGGCGGAGCCCUCUCGGUCUUCGUCUCUCCUCCGCCGCGCUCGCGCGCCUCCUCCGCUCUCCCUUCCUCCGUCGCCAUGGCUGGCCAGGCCAAGCUCCUCUACAUUGUGGUCGUCGACGACAACGGCUCCUCCUUCCGCUACACCCGAUCCCUCCUCCACAGCACCCUCCAGCUCAUGGGAUGCAAGCCCCGGCACGCAUUCGAGAUUAGCCGGAAGGUGUUCGAUGUCGUCCGGGGCGACCCAGCAGAGAUGGACCUGAUGAUGAUGGCCGGCGGCGGCAAAGGCGGCGUGCAGAGGUACGAGCUCCCGGAUGCCACCACCAGCCCCCGCCAGUUCCAGUUCGAGCUCUACAAGCGCCGCACCACCGUCCUCAUCCCCAGGGAUCUCUUCCUCCACCUCGUCUGCCAGGCCCUAGCCCUGUACAAGUACGUCGCGCCCAACCAGCGAAACGAUCUCAUACUCGCCUGCAGGAUUCGAGAAAGAAAGGAGUCUGUCACGGUUCUUCUCUGUGGGACUAGUGGUUGCGGCAAGUCUACUCUUUCUACUUUGCUGGGGAGCAGAUUAGGAAUCACGACUGUAGUUUCAACAGAUUCCAUACGUCACAUGAUGCGGAGCUUUGUUGAUGAGAAAGAAAACCCCCUUCUUUGGGCAUCAACUUAUCAUGCAGGUGAAUGCCUUGAUCCAGUAGCAGUUGCUGAAGCAAAAGCUAGACGAAAAGCAAAAAAAAACUCAGGCAUAUCAAGCAGCUCAGGUAUUGAUUACGAGAAAAAUGGGGUUCGGAGCGACAAAGUUGAUGGAAAACCAAUCGGGAAGAAACAAAUGGCUAUAGAAGGUUAUAAAGCACAAAGUGAAAUGGUGAUUGAUAGUUUGGAUCGGCUAAUUACUGCGUGGGAAGAUCGGAAAGAAUCAGUUGUUAUCGAGGGUGUUCACUUGAGCCUUAAUUUUGUGAUGGGGUUAAUGAGGAAACAUCCAUCAAUAAUUCCUUUUAUGAUCUACAUAUCCAAUGAGGACAAGCACACUGAGAGGUUUGCUGUACGUGCAAAGUACAUGACACUUGACCCAACAAAAAAUAAGUAUGUCAAAUACAUCAGCAACAUUAGAACUAUCCAAGAGUACCUCUGUAGCCGAGCUGACAAAUACUUAGUUCCCAAGGUAAACAACACUAAUGUUGACCGGAGUGUUGCUGCUAUCCAUGCCACCGUCUUUAGCUGUCUCCGCAGGCGAGCUACUGGAGAUCAGUUGUGUGACUCUGAUACAAAUACCAUAGCAGCUGUAAAUGAAGAGUACAAGAACCAGUGUGUCGCUAACUCCAUGAGUUCCAAGGGGAUGUUCAAAUUAAUCCAACGUCUAGGAUCCUCAAGAAAGCUCAUGGCCAUCAUUAAUGUGGAUGGAUCUGUUUCAAAGGCUUGGCCGGUUGAAUCCAGUACUGGCAGAGAUGGGAAAUGCAGUUCUGAACCUGGGAACAAGAAAUCUUUAGGAAAUCCAAUAUAUGGACCUCUAAGUAUUGGAAGGGCAGAAUCAGUCAAUCUCCAGUUUGGCUCCUUUGGAAUAAGUGCCUGGCCUACUGACACAGGUUGUACAAGUCAAGCUGGAAGUGCCGAUGACUCAUGGAUCAAUGCUAAUGAAGGCAGUAGCAGCCAUGUUGCAUCUUCAUCCGGUUCCCCUAAGAAGUUGGAUGGACAUUGUAAAGAGAUUAAAGAGUUAUCAGCAGCAUCUGGUAGUGAUGACGAUGACGAAGAAGAAGCUGAUGUUCCACCUAAUUCAGGGAGUGAUGAGGAUCUAAGUGAGGAAGACAAAGAGGAAAACCAUGAUGAGCAGAUGGAAGGGUCUGUUGAUGAGGAUUGCAAUAGGUCUGAUGAGGAAUAUGAUGACCUGGCCAUGCGGGACAGUAUGGAGAAUGGUUAUUUGAGUGAUGAUGGCAUGGUUCACACCGGCUCAUGCAAAUUUUCAAGCAACAGGUUUUUGGAUAGCAAUCAACAGAACCAGAGCACGCCAAGAAAACAGCUAGAGACUAUGCGCAGCCUGUCGAAGAUCGAUAUAUAUGUUCCUGAGACUGCGCGGUCUUCUUCUGCUAUGCCUGUGGGCACAAGCAGCAAGAGGAACAUGACUAGGAAGUGGAGGCGGUCCCUGAGUGACUCAUUCCGCUCGCGACCACGGAGUUGUCCAUGUCUUGCGGAAUCAGCGGUGAAGUUGAAGGGCCCUACCAUUCCAGUUGCUCCUGAGAGCUAGGCAUCUAGUUGUUUACCUGGUGAUGAAAUAAUAACUAGGGAACAUGGUCAGAUGAAUAAUGGAACUCUUGGUUUCUUGUCUAGCCUCUAACCGUCUUCUGGUAGAAUCUUUCUGUUUGGAAUUGGAGAGUGAUUUUUUAAUGCAAGCUCUCUAGUAAAAGAAGACAGUAGAUUACCUCCAAAAUAUGUGUAAUUCUGGAGAGGAGUGGGAAAUAGAGUGCAGUGCAGUAGAGUAGAGGUUUGCUAAUGAUGUUGCUCUGUGAACGAACAAGUGUAAUAGCUCCAGUAGUGCAUUUUUCUGCUUACGUUGUUGCUAGUUGGGUUGACGUGCUGGGCCAUGAUUUAUAAAUUGAAAUUGGGAGGAAUCCAGGUGAAAAUUACAAUUUUCCGCA